CAUUGUUUCUGCCGGAACCAGCAUUCGUAUCGGGACAUUCAAACCCUGAAGAUGAAAACCCUAGCACUGGCAGUAUUCAUUCUGGCAACGGUUCAUUGCUUCGCGCAGGACCUACAGUGUCUAUCACCAUCAAGAUUUUACAUACCAGCUUACAAGGCAAACUGGUUCAAAGCCACUGAGCACUGCAAUUCUUUGGGAAUGCGAUUGGCGGUGAUUACCACAGCCGAGGAUAACUUCCACAUUAUCGAAGCAAUCAAGUCAUCAUCCAUUUACAAUGAAACUCGCACCCAAGUUUGGAUUGCUGGAAGUGAUCUGGCGCAGAAAGGGGAAUUCAUCUGGCAGCCCACCGGUACCUGGUUCAGCUACACCAGAUGGAUGCCAGGUCAACCGGAUAACGCUGGUGGUAUUGAGCACUGCACCGAAAUUCGACACAUUCCUGCCCUUGAUGUACACUGGCUUUGGAAUGAUUUGUACUGUGCCGAUCUGCAUAAUUUCGUAUGUGAAAAUGCUGCACCGAGGCGAGUGGUACCGUAGUUUUGAGAUGGUUCCAUGCAGUGACUGCCAAGACGCACGAGUCCGUGUUCUUGAAAGGCUAUUAUUUGUUUUUGUAAAUAAAUAAUUCUUGGAAUUGCAGUUUCAUUCCGUU